AUGAAAGAAGUUAUAAAAACACUCAACCACUACCCAAUGUAUUACCAUGCUUACUAUGACACGUUGAUGGCAACCGUGGAUGUCGAUCAACGGAAAAAUGACGUCAUGACAGUCGUUAAGAAACUAAAAUUAGAUGGAACAAAGGCAUUAAAUGUUUUGACUAUUGGGUGUGGAAAUGGGAAAAGUGACGAGCCAUUCAUAGACAACUUGUUGGCCAAUUACCUAAAUAUCUCAUACACGGCUGUUGAACCUGUCGCAGACGAACUGACGAAGUUUGAACAAUUGGUGAAAAAUAAAGGAGACCAGUGGAACAAUGUUACGUUUGACUUCCGCGCUAUUACGAUUGAAGAGUAUUUGGAAAUGAAUGAGAGAAAACAGUUUGGCAUGAUUAUUGCUGCACAUUCAGCAUAUCAUUUCAAAGAUGUUGAAUGUACUAUAUUGGACCUGUAUAACUGUCUGGACAAAGGAGGGAUAUUAUUCACAAGGAUGGAUGAUGGUGCAUGGGAGAAGUUGUCUGUAAAAGUGGGAGAAUACUACACAGAUCCCGGUUACAACUGUAUUGGAACUCGCGCCAUAGAAGAUAUUAUCAACAGUAGACUAACAACUGUAAGAUAUGGAAGUAUCAAGAGGGAAUUAUGGUUGGAUGUCACUGAAUGUUUUGAUGAAGAAUCCCAAGUCGGAUCUCACAUAAUAGAUUUUUUAACACAAAUCUAUAAUUUUCGCGAAAUAGCAAAACCUGAAAUCAAGAAACAAAUAUUAGAGUAUAUGAGGGAUGAAUGUUGUAAGAAAGAAGAAAACAAGGUUUUGUUUAGUAAAGAUGAAAAAGACUUAUUCAUCUUUCGUGAUUAA